UGUUUGCUUUCAACAGAUGACGAGUUUCGCAAUAUCGUGUUCAAAGAACCAAUCCCGAAUAAGAUCAUGAAGAAUCAUUUGAUCAAGACUGAGGAUGUGCCUAACGAGGGGAGCUGUCGUGUGUUGUGUUAUAUGGACCCCAACUGCGUGUCCAUCAACCUGGGACCACUUAUCCAAGGAAAACACAUAUGUCAGUUAAACAAUGCCACAGACAAAAGUCUUGCUAAUGAGCAAGGUUUCACUUACCUUGCCAUUGAGGUAACGAGCACAUUUGAUUUAUCUUUUUUGUCUGUUUUGUGGUACCUGAGUGGAGAUAGGCUCUAUAUCUUCGAGGGAUGCAUUUGUGGACUUGGUUAUGUUCCAUGUAACCAUGGUGAUCAAAGCGUACUUUAAUAACAGGCGGCUAAAUCACAUCUUAUAGGUUCUUGUACGAAUCUCAAGCAAAGAGGAUAAAAAAUAAUAAUGAAAAUAAAAAACCCUAAGAAUUAAUCGUCCUUCACUGAAGCUUAUAGUGAUUCCUUUAAAGUAUUUUAAAGCUAAAAAAAAAGAUAUGAAAGUAGAAAAUACUUAAACGCAUAUUCUACUGUUGACAAAAAUUUAAGAUAAGAAGAAUAGGUGAUUUCAAUUAAGAGUUUAAGUAAUUUGGAAUUGCGAGGGUUUUGUAUCGCAGAACGUUGUAACUAGCCCACGACACUUGUAUCUCCUUAUCAGUUAGACACGAAAUUUGCUUGUGAUCCGUCUUCCAGAGUUUGGAGAUGUUAUCUUGACAACUUUGGUUAUAGGUUUGAUAAAACGUACUUCAUUUUAUAUUUGCUAUUGAUUAGAACCAUUGUGAUAGCGGCCCAUGUUUAAAUGGAGGCACCUGCCAAGCUAGUUUCACAAGUAAAGGUUUUCGGUGUACCUGUCCAGAAGAGUUCAGCGGAGGAGAAAAUUGUCAAGGUAUUGUAAACAUAAUGAUAUUGUCGAAAACUGCAAUAUAAAACUCUUAAAGAGUCUCUUUAAACAAACUGGGGCGCUGCGUAGGUGGGCGAGAAUAACAGGGCGAUAAAGUAUUAUCAACUGAGUUAAUAACGCAGAAAUUGGUUAACGCAAAAAGUUUUAAAGCUGACGUUUUUUUAAUUACAAUUCUUUCGAACCGAUAUCGUUUGGAAAACACUUCUGUGUCUAAAUCUACCAUUUUAUUUAUUGCUGUCAUCAGUGAACAUACUGUUCUAAUCCAGUCAAUACAUUGUUGCUUGCAGCUUAAUAUACGCGAUUAGAUUGUCUUUUUUAUUCUAGCUUUCAGAAAUUGCGCAGACAUCUUUAAAUCAGGCGAAAAAAGAGACGGUGUGUACGUCAUCAAACCUGACAACCAGUCAGCUUUUGAUGUCUUCUGCGACCAAACAACAGCUGGUGGAGGAUGGACGGUAUUCCAGAAAAGAAUCGACGGUUCCGUUGACUUCAAUCUCAACUGGAGCGAUUAUAAGCAUGGCUUUGGAAAUCUCCGUGGCGAAUUUUGGCUUGGCUUAGACAGGAUUCAUCGCCUGACUUCAGAUAAUAACAGCAUGUUACGAGUAGACAUGGAGGACUUCGAAGGGAAAACUGCUUACGCCGAAUACAGUUUUUUUGGUGUCAGGAGUGAACAUGACAAGUAUCAGUUGAUCCUUGGUUCUUAUAACACAGCAGGUGACUAAACUAAUUUAAACGCACAUUGUGCAGAAAAGCUAACAACAUCAAUUUCAACACAAACAGAGACGGAAAUCUUACUACUGUACAGAACAUUGUUAGGGAAGUAUUAAGCCCAGCGGUUUAUUCUAGUAAAAAGAAACUCGACAAUCAUUUAGUAAACGAUUUAGAUAUUCACGAGAUCCCUUUUUUAUUUUUCCUUCUCAGCCUUUGCUGAUAAAAUAGUGUUUGAAGGAUUCUGAUUCUUGAGACGGAAUAAUUGAGAUAUGUUAUUAACCCUGUCGGUGUCGUCUUCUGAUUUCAUUUCUUACUUCCUUCACACCACCUACUUUAAUUGUGUACUCGAAGCCAUUUUGGUAGCUGUAUAUAUAUUUUCUCUAGUAAAUUGAGCUCAAACAAGCGUGGAUGCAGAAAAAGAAUUCAUAAGCGCGGAAGGAAAUGUAAAAACUUAAACCUUAUUUAUACAACAUAUAUAUUUAUACCCUCCUUAUUUUGGGUAAAAAGGGAAAAGAAUCGCAGAAGGAAGUAAAGCCGGCCGGGCUAGCGACAAAAAAAAAAAAAAAAAAAAAAAAAUUGCCCCCCUCCCCGUUUGCUCAAGGUCUGGAUCCGCCACUGAAGACUGUAUAACUUUUAAAUACUUUCCUGGUUUUUGCUUUGGUAAAUUUCUCAGGAACCGCUGGUGACUCCUUCUCUCAUCAUCAUGGCUGGCCAUUUACUACUCCGGAUGAAGACAACGAUUUCAGUUCCGAUGGGAACUGUGCCCUUGACUUCCAUGGUGGAUGGUGGUUUAAGAAGUGUCACAGGGCUUUUUUGAAUGGUCCUUACAUACAUGGGCCUAACUCUUUUAAAGGCGAAGGCAUUAUUUGGAAGGGUUUUAAAGAUUUUCGUUAUUCAUUGAAGAGCUCUCAAAUGAAAAUAAGACCUCGAGACUUUUGA